UAUUAAUUUAAUUUUUUUUCUUUGUGGAUUGGAUUAAUUUAUGCAAAGUUGUUGUUACAAACAACAAAUAAAAGCUUUCAAAUUAAUAUAUCAUAGUGUUAUAUAUAACUUACGUAAUUAUAUUAUUGUAAAUAUAAGCUUGAUCCAAUCAGUUGAUGCUCUAUCGUAGUAAAAAUGAAUUCCGCCAUGUCAAUGGAUGAGCCUUCAUCGCUUCUUUCGGUUGCCACGAAUCACCCCAUAGAACAAUUUAUACUCCUGGCCAAGGGUGCGAAGGGCUCAGCAUGUGCAGAACUAAUCAAGCAAGUCCUAGAAGCCCCAGGGGUACAUGUAUUUGGUGAGCUGUUGGAAAUGCCAAACAUAAAAGAGCUUGAAACUGGGCCAUAUGAAAAGCACUUUAAAUCAUUACAUCUAUUUGCAUAUGGAACAUAUAAAGACUAUAUUGAGAAUAAGUCUGAUUAUUUAGAAUUAACUGAAUCACAGUGUAAAAAACUACAACAUUUAACAAUAGCAACACUAGCCACUCAGGAGAAAUUAAUUCCCUAUAGUGUACUCCUAAAAGAGUUGGAUAUAAGAAAUGUACGGGACUUAGAGGAUUUAAUUAUUGAGGCAAUUUAUGCAGAUAUAAUCCAUGGUAAGUUAGAUCAAGAAUGUAAAAGAUUGGAGGUGGAUGUUACUUUGGGCCGUGAUGCAAGACUGGAAGAUGCAGCUGGUAUUGCUGAUGUACUUGCUGACUGGUGCAAUGCGUGUGAGGCUGUGCUGUCCUCAGUAGACAAGCACAUCCAGAGAGCAAACCAUCACAAGCAGAGAGCAAUAAGACAUCAACAGGCUAUUGACCAAGAGAUACUGUAUAUAAAGAAAACAUUGAAAACACAAGCAGAAAAUGAUGAGUCUGCAGCUGGUGCCGGAACAGAGUCACAUUCUGCUCCAAAGAAGAAUUCUGGCAAGGGAAAAUCAAGUCGGAAUUCAUCAAAGUUUUGGCAGAAAAACACAUAACAUGCUACAUAUGUAAAAUAAAAUAGUAGUCAUAUUUAAUUGCUCAGUGAUAACUACAUUUUUCAGAAUUGAUUGUAUGAAAGUAAAUUAUUACUUCUAAUAAUGUAUGAAAAGUAAACAUGUAAAAACUUA